UGAGGACAGCCUGCCAGAGCCAGCCUUCUCAGCGUUCCAGGUCUUCUGAAGCUAUGGGCACCCGAUACCUCCUGGUUCUGGUUCUUGUCCUCCUGGUCUUGGGAUGUGAGGUCAGCGGGGCCCACAUGCCCCAGCAAGAUGAAGCCGCCAGCCCUGCCCUGCUCACUCAGUUACAAGAAUCACUCUAUGGCUACUGGGGUUCAGCCAGAUCGGCCGCCCAGGAGCUGUACGAGAAGACAUACCUGACCACCAUGGAUGAGAAAAUCAGGGACCUAUACACCAAAAGCACAGCAGCUAUGAGCACUUACGCAGGGAUUUUCAGUGACCAGUUACUUUCUAUGCUGAAGGGAGACCAGUAGCAGCUGGGGCCCCGACCGGGGGGGAAGGGAGAGUCCAGACCCCACAACCCCUUGGCUCCUCUGCCCUGCCCCCCACUUCUCAGCAGCUGUCAGCAUCCUGCUCCCAACACUAGUCUGUCUUCUUACAAAUAAAUUAAUGUACAAAGCCA